CGCAUCUUUCCAUUCCUUCUUGUCAAAAUCGAAGAGUGCUAGGUGAAAACGCAAAGAACUGCUGCUUUUUCAAAGUCUGUCCGCCCCGAAGUCAGCGAAAAUCCGUGACUGAAGAAAACAUUCGUGAUGGCAUCUCUCUGCACAAGACUGGUGCUGAACGCCGCCAAGCGUAAUGUGUCCUACACUUCAGUGCGUUUCUGCAAAAUGAUGAACGACCCACUUGAGCAUGCCACCGGUCUCGAGAAACGCGAACUGCUAGCCAGACAGGCCGGCAAUAACGAUCCCUUCGAUAUGCGUGUGUUCAAGCGCGGCCCGGGCACUAAGGAUAAGCCCAAUUUGGUUCCAUCGGCUUUCGAAUCACGUUUAGUGGGAUGUGUCUGUGAGGAAGAUCAAACAUACAUUCAGUGGAUGUGGCUGCAUCAGGGUCACCCAAAGCGAUGCGAAUGCGGACACUGGUUUAAACUGGUCGAGAAGGCCCCCAUCUAAGAAGCGUUUACUAAAAUGUAAUUGUAGAAAACAAACACAUAUGUUACAACAAACAGAAGAGAAAUAAAGGACAGAUUCUUCGUAUGCGAUCGUGAAACAAACAAAAA